UGACGGCUACUCUGUUAAGCUUCUCUUGUCUUCCAGUGGACGAUGACGAUGUUUAGUCUCUCUCCAAGUCUGGGAGAAUCUUCGAAUCGAGUUCGCUUUCGGGAGAAGGAUGUCUUGGGCAAUGGAGAUCGAAACGCCAACAUAUACAGACCUCGUAGUCAUAGGAGCAGGUCCUGCGGGACUUAUGGCCGCAUGCUGGGCUGCGCGUUACCAUGUCAACGUUCGAAUUCUCGAUGACAAGCCCGAGCGUGUCCUUACUGGACAUGCAGAUGGCCUGACCUGCCGGACGCUUGAGAUCUUUGACAGCUUCGGUAUUGCGCAUGAGGUCUGCAGCGAAGCAUCCGUUGAUGUUCAGAUGCGAUACUGGAGACCGAAUGGAGUAGGUGGUCUGGAGCGAUUCCAGUCCCUCAUAUCACAAAAGCCAGGCGUAAGCCGGUUUCAGCAGUGUCUGCUGAGUCAGGGGCGGAUCGAAGAGCUCCUGGAACGAGUCUGCGCAGAGGGCGGAGUGCUUGUGGAGCGAAACAUGGAGACGCUCGAACUGGGACCGAUUGAGGAAGACGAGAGCUGCAAAUAUCCGAUCGAGGUGAAGAUCAGGCGCAAGGUCAAUCCAGGCACACCGUCGGAGCAGGAACCAGCCGUCGAUGCCAACGACUCUAUUGAUGACCAUGGCAUAAAAGUAAUCAGAUGCAAGUAUCUUAUUGGAGCUGAUGGUGCGCAUAGCUGGACUCGCCGACAGCUUGGGAUUGCUGCUACAGGAGCGUCUACAGACGAAUGCUGGGGCGUGAUUGAUUUGGUCCCUCUGACCAACUUUCCAGACAUUCGACAGAGCUGCGUUAUCAGUUCGCUCCAUGGCAACAUUCAUGUCGUCCCGCGAGAAAGACAAUUGGUACGACUCUAUAUUCAGCUUGAAUCAGCAACGCCGGGUGAGCGCCUAGACAGGAGCAAGAUCACUGCCGAAAUGUUGAUAUCUACCACGAAAAAGAUCCUGCAUCCGUAUACCUUCGAAUACGCUUCGAUCGAUUGGUUUACUGUCUACCAAGUUGGCCAGAGGAUAGCGGACAAAUUCAGCGCAGCUGAGAGGGUGUUUCUCGUAGGCGAUGCUGUCCAUACACACUCACCGAAGAUAGGACAAGGGAUGAACGUGAGCCUUCAGGACGCGUACAAUCUCUCUUGGAAGAUCUGUUCAGUCAUCAAAGGCAUCCUCAAGUCGAGCUCACUUGCAAGCUACGAGACCGAGAGACGUCCAGUAGCAGAAGAACUCAUUGAUGUUGAUCGAGAGACAGUCAGUUUCUACUGCUCCAGAGGCGCCAUUGACCGUGGUGGACUGCAAGAAUUUCGCAAUAAGCACUACCGCUUCCUCAGUGGAGUUGCGGUCGACUACUCUGGGAGUGAGAUGAUCUCACCAAAGCACGUUUCUCUGCCGAGAUUCGAUGAUGAACCUUCCACAGAAGCUUGUGAAUCAUUGGUCGAGGAACGAUUUAGUCACAUAUGUCUUGGACAACGCCUUCCAUCAUAUCGUGUGGUGAAGCAUGCGAAUGCAGAACCUACGUCUGUUGGAAGUCUUUUGAGUUCAAACGGUCGCUGGAAGCUUCUAAUCUUUACUGGUGACUUGCGCGUAGAGGCACAAGCAGUCCGGUUCAACAACGUCAGCAAAGCAAUCUCAGCCACCUCUUGUUCAAUCCGUCAACGGUCUGCGCUUGACAUGGGAUGUCAAGCUAGCGUUGAUAUCUUCGCGAUAAUGGCAUGCCCUCGCGACUCGGUGCCGCUGCUGAGUCUGCCGGAAAUCUACCACCCAUGGAACGAGAGCACUGGGUGGGAGUAUGAUACUGUCUACACUGACGAACCGGACGUGUAUGGAGUGUGCGAGGAUGCAUAUGGCCGAUAUGGCAUCGAUCGCACCCGGGGCUGUCUCGUGCUAUGCAGGCCGGACCAGCAUGUCGCCUACUGCGGUGAACUCGAGCACACGGCAGGAUUGGAGCUGUUCUGUUCGCGCAUUUUCAUGGAGACAAGGAGUGAAUGUGAUUGAUCCCGUGUAGUGCACUAGGCGUGGCGUGCCUCUGUGAGUCAGGAUUAGUGACAAAGCUUCAAAACCACACUACCUACACUGUUGCCUGCCCGGCCAUUGAUGCGUCAUCCAUAUAUGUAGCCUAUUUGCUUCUUUACAAAGUCACACCAACGGCAUUGCGACCUAUCAAUUUCCCUCAAGCUCGUACAACCGGAAGAAAGCCAGAGGUGCCUGGUGGCGUUCAUAUCGCUAUAUCCGUUGAUAGAUGCAACCACGACCCCAC